AUGCAGCUAAGACUAUCAAUUAUCUCACGAUUCAGCUCCCCUCUCACUCUUUUUCCAUAUCUUCUCAUUCUGUCCCUUAUCCCAUCAUAUGCAGCUAAGACUAUCAAUUAUCUCAAUCAGCUCCCCUCCACUCUUUUUCCAUAUCUUCUCAUUCUGUCCCUUAUCCCAUCAUAUCUAAGACUAUCAAUUAUCUCACCCCUCUCAUUCUUUUUCCAUACUUCUUUUUCCAUAUCUUCUCAUUCUGUCACGAUUCAGCUCCCCUCUCACUCUUUUUUCCAUAUCUUCAUUCUGUCCCUUAUCCCAUCAUAUGCAGCUAAGACUAUCAAUUAUCUCACUCUUUCCAUAUCUUCUCAUUCUGUCCCUUAUUCAUAUGCUCCCCUCUCACUCUUUUUUCAUAUCUUCUCAUUCUGUCCCUUAUCCCAUCAUAUGCAGCUAAACUAUCAAUUAUCUCACGAUUCAGCUCCCCCUCUCACUCUUUUUCCAUAUCUUCUCAUUCUGUCCCUUAUCCCAUCAUAUGUAGCUAAGACUAUCAAUUAUCCCUUCAUCUCUCAUUCUUUUUCCAUAUCUCUCAUUCUGUCCCUUAUCCCAUCAUAUGCAGCUUUUCUCUCUGAUUCUGCUCCCCUCUUCUUUUCAUUCUGUUCCCUUAUCCCAUCAUAUGCAGCUAAGACUAUUCAAUAUAUCCCAUCAUAUGCAGCUAAGACUAUCAAUUAUCUCUCCCUCUCACUCUUUUUCCAUAUCUUCUCAUUCUGUCCCUUAUCCCAUCAUAUGCAGCUAAGACUAUCAAUUAUCUCUCGAUUCAGCUCCCCAUCUCACUCUUUUCCAUAUCUUCUUAUUCUGUCCCUUAUCCCAUCAUAUGCAGCUAAGACUAUCAAUUAUCUCUCUCCUCCCUCUCACUUCUCAUUCUACUAUCCCUUUAUCUCACGAUUCUCCUUCCCCCCUCUCACUCUUUUCCAUAUCUUCUCAUUCUGUCCCUUAUCCCAUCAUAUGCAGCUAAGACUAUCAAUUAUCUAUUCUGCUCCCCUCUCACUCUUUUUCCAUAUCUUCUCAUUCUGUCCCUAUCCCAUCAUAUGCAGCCUAUCCUAUCUCAUUUCCUCCUCUUUUCUCGUACCUCUCACUCCCCUUUUUUUUCCAUAUCUUCUCAUUCUGUCCCUUAUCCCAUCAUAUGUAGCUAAGACUAUCCCUUAUCUCACGAUUCACCUCCCUCUCACUCUUUUCUUCCAUAUCUUCUCAUUCUGUCCCUUAUCCCAUCAUAUGCAGCUAAGACUAUCAAUUAUCUCACGAUUCAGCUCCCCUCUCACUAUCUUUUUCUGUCCAUAUCGUCUCAUUCUGUCCCUUAUCCCAUCAUAUGCAGCUAAGACUAUCAAUUAUCUCACGAUUCUCUCACUCUUUUUCCAUAUCUUCUCAUUCUGUCCCUUUAUCCCAUCAUAUGCAGCUAAGACUUUUAUCCAUAUCUUCUCAUUCUUCUGUCCCUUAUCCCAUCAUAUGCAGCUAAGACUAUCAAUUAUCUCACGAUUCUGCUCCCCAUAUCUCUCAUUCUGUCCCUUUCCCAUCCAGCUAUAUCUUCUCAUUCUGUCCCCCUCUAUCCCAUCAUAUUCUCUCCCCUCUCACUCUUUUUUCCAUAUCUUCUCAUUCUGUCCCUUAUCCCAUCAUAUGCAGCUAAGACUAUCAAUUAUCUCACGAUUCUGCCCUCCCCCUCAGCAAGACUUUUUUCCAUAUCUUCUCAUUCUGUCCCUUAUCCCAUCAUAUGUAGCUAAGACUAUCCCUUAUCUCACGAUUCUCCUUCCUCUCACUCUUUUCUCGUAUCUUCUCAUUCUGUCCCUUAUCCCAUCAUAUGCAGCUAAGACUAUCAAUUAUCUCACGAUUCUGCUCCCCCUCUCACUCUUUUUCCAGAUCUUCUCAUUCUGUCCCUUUAUCCCAUCAUAUGUAGCUAAGACUAUCCCUUUAUCUCACGAUUCACCUCCCUCUCACUCUUUUCUCAUAUCUUCUCAUUCUCUAAGACUAUCCCUUAUCUCACGAUUCUCCUUCCCUCUCACUCUUUUUCCAUAUCUUCUCAUUCUGUCCCUUAUCCCAUCAUAUGCAGCUAAGACUAUCAAUUAUCUCUCGAUUCAGCUCCCCUCUCACUAUUUUCCAUAUCUUCUCAUUCUGUCCCUUAUCCCAUCAUAUGCAGCUAAGACUAUCAAUUAUCUCACGAUUCUGCUCCCCCUCUCACUCUUUUUCCAUAUCUUCUCAUUCUGUCCCUUUAUCCCAUCAUAUACUAUCAAUUAUCUCACGAUUCUGCUCCCCCUCUCACUCUUUUUCCAUAUCUUCUCAUUCUGUCCCUUAUCCCAUCAUAUGCAGCUAAGACUAUCAAUUAUCUCAAUGUAUUCUGCUCCCCUCUCACUUUUUUCCAUAUCUUCUCAUUCUGUCCCUUAUCCCAUCAUAUCUCCCCUCUCAUUCUUUUUUCCAUAUCUUCUCAUUCUGUCCCUUAUCCCAUCAUAUGCAGCUAAGACUAUCCAUUAUCUCACGAUUCUGCUCCCCCUCUCACUUUUUCCAUAUCUUCUCAUUCUGUCCCUUAUCCCAUCAUAUGUAGCUAAGACUAUCCCACGAUUAUCUCACGAUUCUCCUUUCCCUCUCACUCUUUCUCCUAAGACUAUCAAUUAUCUCACGAUUCUGCUCCCCCUCUCACUCUUUUUCCAUAUCUUCUCAUUCUGUCCCUUUAUCCCAUCAUAUGUAGCUGCUAAGACUAUCCCUUUAUCUCACGAUUCACCUCCCCUCUCCCUCUUUUUUCCAUAUCUUCUCAUUCUGUCCCUUAUCCCAUCAUAUGCAGCUAAGACUCCCUUCAAUUAUCUCACGUCCCUUAUUCAGCUCCCCACGAUCUCACUCUUUUUUUUCAUAUCUUCUCAUUCUGUCCCUUAUCCCAUCAUAUGCAGCUAA